GAUGUUUGGGCAAAAAAGCCCCUCCUCAAGCUGGGCUAGUGGUGUGUGACCGUGGCGCUCUUUAGCACACCUGCCAGAAACAUCGCCAGCUUCCCCCGCCAGCUGUCGCCGCAUCCAUCCAUCCAUCCAUCCAUCCACCCAUGGACGAUCCACUGGUGGUUACGGCGGGUCAGACGACAGUCACGGGGAAAGAAGAGGUUGGCGGAGGGGCGAUCAACCCGGACUACACGGCCUUUGUGCUGGUGCCCGUCUUCUUCCUCCUAGGCCUGCUGGGGGUGGUCAUCUGCCACGUUUUGAAGAGGAAGGGCUACCGGUGCACCACCGAGGCACGAGAUGAGGACCAGGAAGAGGAGCCGUGCGAAGAAGUAGAAAAGGACCCGGAGGUGGGCGGAGAGCUGAAUGACACCAUCAGCGACAACAAUGACACAGUGGGACAGAUCAUCCACUACAUCAUGAAAAAUGAAGCCAACUCUGAUGCUCUGAAAGCAAUGGUUCACGAAACCAGCAUUGAUUCUGAUGGUGCGCCUGUCACCCCCACCUCCCCGUACUCGCCCUCGCCACCCAUGACCCCCGUGUCGCCGGGAGCGCCGCCAGGGGCCGCCAAGCACACCUGCAACCACCUGCACACAAUCGGCGGCGUCGGCGGCCACAAGAACAUCUGCACGCGCUGCAGCCAGAAGAAAUGGCCUCUUGUGAGCAAACCGGCAGCUCGCAAGGCAGAGCAGCGCCGCAGCCACUCAGGAGAGGUCACCGUGCUGUCUGUGGGCAGGUUCCGUGUGACAAAGUGUGAAAAAGCAGCCAGGGAGCGGCGGACGCUGCUGAUCGCAGAUUCCAACGGCAGCGUACCUUCAGUGGAGGCGGCGUCAAACAGCCGGACUGUGUCUGAGUCCCAGGAGGAGGAGAAUGACAACAUGGACAAAGAGAAAUGAUCCAACGGCAGCUUUCCCUUAAAAAGACAAAUCAUCUGCGCACUUUUUAAAAGCCUCUCUAAGACGACGUCGACACAUCAGCAACGGAGCAAUAUGGGUGUGCAGGUCCCCCUCCACCCUUCACUUGGGGCCAAACUGCUGCUGCUGAAGGCUGGCGGCGUGCAUGACGCAAUCACAUGAGCCACUUAUUUUCCAGCUAGGUAGGAAAAGUUUUUUUUUUUUUUUGGAAUUCUCCCUAAAGACUUGUAGAGCUUCAUAUCACUGGGUCCAGCUGUGUGACAUCAUACAGGAUUCCAGGAUGAGCGUGUGCCAGCUUGAUUGAAGAAGACUUCUUAAACUGGUACAGCCAAGCCGAGGCCAAAAAACCCCCACAGGAAGUAGGAAUGACCUACGGAGCCAGGAAGCUGUCUGGAGCCUUGGCAGGUGUCAUCAAAACAAUAAAGCAUCAUAACGUGCACCAGCCAGGAGGAAGAUGGCGUCAGUAAGAAUAUAUCAACUAGUGCAAGUGUAAUGCGCAAUGCUUGAGUGGCUUCUGUGUGCCAGUGAAAAAAACAUUACAUUUUACUGUUUCAUUUUAUUUCUACAGCAUGCUAACAAUGCACUUAUUUUAUUUGAUUUGAUUUUUUCCGGAUUCAUGUAAUUAUCAUGAUGACGAUGAGCUGCUGUGAAGUUUUCAUGGUGCGUUCACACUUGCCGCGUUUGGUUUGCUUGAAAGGAAGUCCGGUGCGUUUUCUCUGCCGAGUACGGUUCGUUUGGUCAAGCGCGAACGUGUUCAACUGAACAGGCGGACCAAGACCGCUUGCGGGUGAACUCUGGCGCGCGUCGCUUCACUUGAUCUCCAGUUUCAAAGCUACAGGAACCAGUGUUAAAAUGACAGCAGAAAGUAUGCAGAAAUGACAAAUGUGUCAAAGACACAGCUCUGCGCUCUCCCUCUGUGUGUGACCGCUCUUUAAAAGUAUAUUGUAGAAGCUUUUGGUGAAAUGUAAGCUAGUAAAUAACCCAGCAGACAGCUUUGCUCUUUCCAUAUGUGUGUUCGUGGGGGAGAGGAUCUUCAGUAUAUUUUAGAAGCUCUUGGUGAAAUCUUAGGAUGAUAAUUAUAGCACAAUAUAAAAAUAACGUAUGUAUUUAACCCAGCAGGUGGCAUUUUGCUUUAAUAUUUGUGAGAUGUCACAAAAGCUCCCCAAUCAUCUCCUUAAUUUAUGCAUAAUUGUGUUGUUAACUGCACAGCCUUUGGUCCCAUGACACAACACAACACAACACAACAUGACACGACCAGUGUGAACGCUAAGCCAACUGCGCACAAAGAGCACCUAGAGGACAGUACCGAACCACAAGUGUGAAUGCAGCCUUUGUGUGUUGGAAGCUGCAAAGUUCUGUUUGCACUUCCUUUUUUCACCUGAGAAAUGUUUUGUCCAUUCCAUUCCAUUUCUUUUUUUUUUUUUUUUGGUCUUCAGUCUUGUCUCUCUGUUAUUUAAAAGAUUGAGCGGCCGAGGGUUGUUGGCCGAAAGUCUUCCAUCAAAACCAAAGGGAGCGUUGACGUCAGUCUACCUCUUCUCUCCUUCAUGCGGGGUUAUUUCACCUUUUACAGCCUUUUUUAUGUUUGUUUAGGGGUCAGCAUCAUCAAGCUUGUCAUUUCAUGGUGCCACUUUUUUGGAUGGAUUACAUGUAUUUUUUUAUUGUUUUCAAGGAUGCUGUGUUUGUAUUUAAUGCCAAAAAAAUAAAGAUGUAUACAUAUCAGAGCUUACAGAAUUGUUUUGUUUGGAAAUUUUCAAACUGCAUGUUAGCAAGGAACUUGAACGCUCCCUUUUUCCGCCUGUUCGCAAAUGACUUUACAUUACAAAUAAAUAAGUACUGUGUAAAUGAGUAAAUAACAUAUCAGCAGAAAUAACAGCUAGACAGCGCUCAGAGGGCAGUGUCGACGUGGUUAUAGCGCACAAAGCGACGUCAUCCCGCCUGUGGCUGUGAGCAGCCUUUCCCCCAAAGACACAAGGUCACAGCAGGGCGUGUGAGGGUGCAAAUAUUGACUCCUGUUGCACACACAGGGCUGUUUACCUUAGCUCUUCCCUAGGAUAAAAGUUGUGGAGACAAUAAAUCCAAUCUUUUACGUAUGAAUGCGCCAUGCACC